AGGCACACAACACUAGAGCACAAACAACCACCAAGGCCCGGACAACUACUUAACUACUGUAAUCCUUGGCUCUCGAGACACUCUUAUCUAAGCUCUUAUCCCCGGUAAGGGCAAGAAGUAUCAGGUCAUGCUUGAUCACUUUCUUCCAAUUCUUCUUAAGUCUAACCCUACCCCCACCCUCGCCCACCAAUGUCAGUCUCUCGCAUCUCCGCACCGCAGCCUUCACACUUCCCUACUUUACGUGCCCAAAUCACCUCAACUUAGCCUAUCGCAGCCACUCCCACCCUCGUUACGAAUCUUAUCCAACAUCGUCUGGCCACAAAUUCAAAGCAGCUGCAUGGCGAACGUGGGUUUUCUUGCACUCCGUUUCGUAAAGCAUAACCGGUCUAACUAUUGACCCAUAGACCUUCUCUUUCAUCCAUGCCGAAAUCUUCCUGUCGCAUAGUACCCAUGAAGCCAUUUUUCACUUUGCCCAAGGGCCUCCAAUACGAUGAGCAACAUCUUUGUAUAUCACCCCAUCCGCACCGAACCAAGAUACCGAAACUUGUCUCGCUUCACUGGGUGGGAGUCAAUCCUAACUUCCACAUCCGACUGACCGACUUCUGUAACCCGACCACUGAAGCAACAUUCAAUGUGGUGGUGUGAUGUGAUAACUAAAUUCAUUUAUAUGUCUCCAAGUUGAGAUCUUAUUGCCUAAUUUGAUCUUUUGCUAUGCCAGAUGAGACAGAUGAUGAUGAGAUCAAUAGAGAGUAUAUUGAAGAAACAAAUAGAGAUGCAGUCAUCAUUGCUGCUAGCAAGUUGGUUGCUAUUGACGCAGUUCCGAAUGAAUAUCUUGGUGCAGAGAUAAUUUCUCAUUUUGUAAGUCAUGGUUCAAGUGUCUCUGAGGUGAUCAAGCAUCUUAUCACAGUAUUAAAGAAGAAAAAUGAGAAAAUUUCAAGUAUUUUGGUUGAAGCGUUGAAAAAGGCAUACAAGCGGCACUUGAUUUCUGUUUCAUCUAGCGAUGAAGUAGCUUCUAGCACAACGUUUCAAGAAUGUAAAGAUCUUGCUGCUCGCCUUUCUGGGAUAUUUGCUGGUGCUGCUCGAAACAAGUAUAGAUUGGAUAUUUUGGAUAUUGUCAAGGGAUGCAUUGACUAUGCAUUCUUGGAUGUUCCAAAACAAUUGACUUUCUUGGAUGGCCCAGUACUGCAUUUCAUAACUAAGCUUCAGCUGCCUGACAUUCUUGACAUCUUGAAGGAUGUUGAAGGAAGAAUUGCAAAUGUAAAUACAGAUGAAGAUCCAAGCGGAUGGCGCCCUGUUUUAACAUUUGUGGAGACCCUACGAGAGAAGUAUGCGAAGGAUGAGGGUUUCCAAGAUGAAAAAGAAGGUAUGUCUGUGAAACGCCGUGGGCGUCCUCGUAAGAAGCAGAACUUACAAGGGAAGAAACUCUUUGACGAGCCUGAUUCCAGUGAAGAUGACGAGGAUUCUAUCAGUGAAUCUGAGCAAGAUGCAGACGAAGAAGAGGAGGAAGAAGUCCCUUUAAUACAUUCUAUGAGAUCAGCAUCUAGGCUGAAGUCUUUGAAUAUUUCAAGAGAGCAGAAAGGCCACACUAAUACACCAUAGGUAUUCUGGACAGUGCAUUUCCGUGGUACUAGCGUGCUUCUACAUCUUCCGCUGGUGGAAUUGUUCUUUUCCUGUGUUUUUGUGGGCGGCGGCUUAAUUCAUGCAAGAAGUAUGCAUGCCCUGUAUUUAGUUUGCAAAUUAAAAAGAUGUUACUUGGACGCAUUUGUGAACUGUGGUUGACCCUCAAAUUAUAAUUAGCCUUGCAUAUUAUUGUAAUUAUGCAGUUGAUCUCCUUCAGAAGCAUUGUCUCUGAAAAUGUUACAAUACCCCAUUUGUAUCAAUUUAAGUGGUCUGUUCAAAUAACUGUUAAACACAAUU